CGAACCUGUCAAGCCUCUGGAGAAUGGAGUGGUCGUUUGCCAACUUGCCAUCCAGUAUCCUGUGGUCAGCCACCAGAACUUGAAAAUGGAGUCAUAGAGAACAAAACUGGAGUUGUGUUUGAGGAUGAGGCUAUGUAUUCCUGCAAGCCUGGAUAUAAACUAGUUGGCAGCCCUAAAAGAGUAUGCCAGUCUAACAAACAGUGGUACAGUGAGUCUGUACCAAGCUGUGUUCUACUGAGCUGUGAAAAACCACCACCUAUUAAACAUGGAUAUGUUAAUGGAGCAACUAUCGAUGUUGGUUCAAAAGUUGAAUUUAUGUGUGAUGAGGGAUAUGAACUUAUGGGGAUACUAGUUGGACUUGCCAAAAAAAAUGGAAAGUGGGAUAGAAAAGAAGUGCCCACUUGUGUUCCAUCAAAAUGUGAAGAUCCACCGCUGUCACAAAACCAGCUGGUCUUACAAGAAAUAACAAGUGAAAUAGGAGUUGUGAAAUUUUCUUGUAGAGAGGGCUAUGUUCUGCAGGGCUCUUCAGUGUUGCGAUGCCUGCCUUCUCAGCUCUGGAAUGAUACUUUUCCUGUGUGUAAACUUGUAGUCUGUCCUCAACCUCCAGAUAUUGAUUUUGGAGACCCCAAUUUUGAAGACCCUGAGUUAAUGUCUUCUUUUCAUUUUGGUAGCAAGGUGAAUUAUUCUUGUAUGGAUGGAUUUUUACUUAAAGGAAAAGCUGAAAUAUCAUGUAAUGCGGAUGGUAUA